AUGAUAGAAAUAAAGAAUUUAGAUUUUCAUUUACAUAAUUUAAGCGAAUCCAACAGAUGCUUUAAUGAAGAGGAAAAACUUGGGUUACUAUACGGCAUGACAAAUUUGGAAGAGAAACUAAAUAAGGAAGUCUAUUUAUGGGGUAAAAUAGAAGGUAUAGAAAAUGAUUAUUAUAUAACUUACAAUUUGAAUAAUGACAAAUUUUUUCCAGAAAAGAAAUUUUAUUAUUGUAAUAAUGAUUAUGAAUUUAAACAAAUAAUAAAAGGGAAUGACAUGUUGAUCGAGAAAAUAGGAAAGAAAAUUCCUUUUACAUUGUUUACUGGAAUUCCAAGCAGUUUAUAUGCUGACGAUUGUGAGUCUAUAUGGGAAGAGGUGGAGAGUCAAAAUGAUGGUACCAGCGAAAGUGAUGAAAAUGAUGAAAAUGAUGAAAGUGAUGAAAGUAAUAAAUGUGAUGAAAAUGAUGAAAAUGAUGAAAAUGAUGAAAAUGAUGAAAACGAUGGUAGCAAUGGUAGCAAUGGUAGCGAUUGCAGCGACAUCUCCAAAGGUAACAACGACAAAAGUGAAGAAUUAGAAAGCGGGAAUCCUAAAAGAGAGGGAAAAAAAAAAAGCGAAAAAGAUACAAAAAAGGAGAAGCAGAGCACUGUGACAGAACUUGAGAGAUUGUCUUAUAUUGUAAGGAAAAUAGACGAAGAAGCAUUUAUUGUACCCUACAAUUCCGUUAAAAUAACAAAUAAUCUAGAAAUGAAAUUUGCCAAUUUUACAGGACUAAACAUUUUAGAUGCAUUAAAAUUAACAUCGUGGGUACAUUUUAGAUACCCUAAAAAUUUAACAUAUGAUAAAAUUAAAAAUUGUAAUACUUUUUUUCUAAAUAAUUUUUUGGAUUCCAUUAAAUCCGAUGUUCCAGCAAGCAUGUGGAAUAUAAAAGUUAAUGAACAGUUAAGUAAAAUUUCAAUCAUGAAUUGUCUAUACCCGGGUUAUGUCUUUUACCAUAUUCUUAACACACCAUUUUACGCCUCUUUAUACAUAGGAAAUGGAAUAUUUAACUAUGAUCUCCCUUUUUUGUUGCCUUAG